AUGUACCAUCUUGUGUCUGUUGGUCAUUACCACACGCACAUUACAUACAGAGGCAAGGAAGAACCUCAGACGAUACAGCAAACUCUCAAGAGGACGUUGCAGUAUUAUGAGCAUCAUGUUAUUGGUUACAGGGAUGCAGAAAAAAACUUCCACAAUAUUUCUAACAGAUGCUCCUAUGCAGAUCAUCCCGACAAAGAGGACAUUGAAGACGUCUCGGGACUUCUUCAGUGUACUGCUAAUAUACUCGGUUUGAAGUUUGAGGACAUUCAAGAAAGAUUUGGUGAGGAGUUCUUUAAUAUAUGCUUUCAUGAGAACGAGAGAGUUCUUCGGGCUGUAGGCGGCACCUUGCAGGACUUCUUUAAUGGCUUUGAUGCUUUGCUGGAACACAUUAGAACUUCUUUUGGAAAGCAGGCCACCCUGGAGUCCCCCUCGUUCCUAUGCAAAGAGCUCCCUGAAGGUACUCUCAUGCUCCACUACUUCCAUCCUCACCACGUCGUGGGCUUUGCCAUGCUGGGCAUGAUUAAGGCUGCCGGGAAGAAGAUCUAUGGGCUGGACGUGGAAGUAGAACAGGUUGCCAACGAGAAGCUGUGCUUGGAUGGCUCGAACCCAGGCAAUUGUAGUUGCCUUACUUUCCUUAUCAAAGAGUGCGAAAAUUCUACCAUCACCAAGAACUUUCCACUGGGAACCUCGCAAGUUCCUGCAGACCUCAGAAUUAGUAUCAACACCUUCUGCCGAGCCUUCCCGUUCCACUUGAUGUUCGACCCCAACAUGCUGGUCCUUCAGCUGGGGGAAGGGCUCAGGAAGCAGCUCCGAUGCGACAUUCACAAAGUGCUCAAGUUUGAGGACUGUUUCGAGGUCGUGUCCCCAAAGAUUAACACCACCUUCGAAAGGGUCCUGCUGCGACUGUCCACCCCAUUUGUGAUCAGGACCAAGCUCGAGGCUUCUGGCACUGAAACUCAAGACAAGGUGAUGGAAGUCAAAGGACAAAUGAUCCAUGUCCCAGAAUCAAAUUCCAUUUUAUUUUUGGGCUCUCCGUGUGUAGACAAGCUGGAUGAACUCAUGGGUCGUGGGCUGCAUCUCUCAGACAUCCCUAUUCACGAUGCCACCCGAGAUGUCAUUUUGGUUGGUGAGCAGGCAAAGGCCCAAGAUGGCCUAAAGAAGAGGAUGGAUAAAUUAAAGGCAACUUUGGAAAGAACUCACCAGGCCCUGGAAGAAGAGAAGAAGAAAACAGUGGAUCUCCUGUACUCCAUUUUCCCUGGCGAUGUGGCCCAGCAGCUCUGGCAGGGGCAGCAAGUGCAGGCCAGGAAGUUUGAUGACGUCACCAUGCUCUUUUCAGACAUUGUAGGUUUCACAGCCAUCUGUGCCCAGUGCACCCCCAUGCAGGUGAUCAGCAUGCUAAAUGAACUGUACACCAGGUUUGACCACCAGUGUGGAUUUUUGGACAUCUAUAAGGUGGAAACAAUAGGGGAUGCGUACUGUGUUGCCGCAGGCCUCCACAGGAAGAGUCUCUGCCACGCGAAGCCCAUUGCCCUGAUGGCCUUGAAGAUGAUGGAGCUUUCAGAAGAGGUGCUGACGCCGGACGGAAGGCCCAUUCAGAUGAGGAUAGGCAUUCACUCGGGUUCCGUGCUGGCAGGAGUUGUUGGGGUGAGAAUGCCACGCUAUUGUCUCUUUGGGAAUAACGUCACUCUGGCAAGCAAAUUCGAAUCAGGAAGUCACCCUCGGCGCAUCAACGUCAGUCCAACCACUUACCAAUUGUUAAAACGGGAAGAAAGCUUCACAUUCAUUCCUCGGUCCCGUGAAGAGCUUCCAGACAACUUCCCAAAGGAAAUCCCUGGGAUCUGCUACUUCCUGGAGGUAAGGACUGGUCCGAGGCAGCCAAAGCCCUCCCUCUCCUCAUCAAGGAUUAAAAAGGUUUCCUACAACAUCGGCACCAUGUUCCUCCGGGAGACGAGCCUCUGAGACCUGCUGCAGAUCACAGACUCCUUUCUCCCAAAAGCACAAGCCCAGAACAUGGGUCAUGGCCAGCAAGUGGGAAGAGAUUGUUGAGGACCAGCAUCACAAUAUCUGUGUUACGUCAGGCAAUAAUCUACAGAAGGCUGAAUGAGGACUGCCGAUUAAAAUCAGCUGAGAGGCAGGGGAAAUAACAUGUGUCCAUCCAUAGAAGUGUCUUGAGAUAUAGAAAUAUAUAUAUAUGAAUCCAUAUGGGCCCCCUUUACAAACUAUCCAAUACACAGAUUUCCUGUUUCUUUGUUUGUCAGACAUACAGGUUACCUUUCCCUAUAUAUUUGUACCACUUUUGAGAUACAAUUUUGGGUGUAUAUUCCUACAUUUAGUGAGUUGGUAGGUAAGAAAUGUUUUCUUUCUUUUCCUGAACAGACAUUUCAUACAUAUAUGAUUGCCAUGUGAUCUGCUUCCCAGCAGGAAGAACUUUAACUCCAAAUACUAUAGGGAUAUUACCUAUUUUUAUACAUAUCUCUUCUUCGGGAUAAUCCCACUUCACACAACAUUAAUCGAUUUUUAGAAACUGCUAUUGUAUCAUUGGACUAUGAUGUAACUCUAACCUAUUAAUCUAAUACCAUUUAACUUUAUUUAGAAAGAUUAGUGCUUAGACUGCAAAUACACAUAACCAAGGAUUUCAUCUGUCCAGAAAGCAUUGUAUGUCUGCUUAGUCAAUAUAUCUUGUAGAUUUAAUUAAUGUAGCUUAGAAGCCUGGGAAAUUGGAAUUCCUUAGUAGCAUGUAUAUUCAUAACCAAGAUUAAGGAAGGGUCUUUUUGUCACCAUCUAACAUUGUACCAGUUAAAAUGAAAUUCUUGCCGCAUUGGAACUUUUCAACUUAACACUUAAAAAUAUGCAUUGUUUCCACAACAUACUAAACUGCAUUCGGUUUAACACCAUCCUCCUGAAGGACAGGUUAGUGCCCACUCUCCCACCCUCUUUCACCGUGGAUUCUUCCUAAGGAAUAACUGCCACUCUUGGGUGGCAAGAGGGUUGCUUCUCCCUGCAGAACACAAAGAAGGAAGAAUCUGUAUUUUAUGACAUUGAGAUUAAACUUUCAAAGAUAUGUCUGCAGUUUGAUUGAUGUGGCUUUUAAAUUCAGUGAAUCUUCUUUCUGAGUGCUGAAGUAGGUCUAACCUUCUGAUCUAGUAAUCACCAUAGUUACAGGUUAGGUUUUUAUUGCAUGUUCUGCUCAAAUAAAGACCUGUUCCUAUUAGUCAACUCUGUAUGGAAAUACAAUCAGACUCUCCCUGAUAUCCGAAGUGUGCUGUGUCCAGAGUUUUCACAUUUGGAUCAGAUAGAAAACCUAAAUUUCUAUUGAGGUUAAUGAACUGGGAGCAUUUGUUUCCUCGAAACCUUGGUGUGGCCAUGUUCUUACUCCACUAGACAUAGUCAUUGGUAGCUAAUGGCUACUGAAUGCAAUAUAUUUAUUUAGCUGGUCAGGGACUUCAGCCACAGUAUUGUUUGGUCAUGACAUACUCAGCAAAGGAGUAGAAUUAACAUCCAAUGUAGUCUUUAAGGCUAACUCAGUGCUUUUAAGUGCUUUAAGCGUGUGGCUAGAAAAUGUAGAUAAUGCAAAGUAGUUCUUAUACUCACGAUCACUUUUGUAAUUAUUGAAUUCUGCUUUCACCUUGGGGCUUCUGAGAAUACUAGGGCAGCACUCUUCCUGUGGAGCAGAGAAAACCUAGGCCCGGGCAGUCUGAACUCUUUCACGUCUCCCUCUUCCCUGGUGCCAGGUCUCUGUUUUCACCGUAGGGCAUGGAAGGCCAGGAUGCUUAUGGGAGCCUGUAGGCUGAGCACAGUGUACUUCCAUGGGAAUUAUUACCCACAGAAGUCUUCGGGGGACUCAGAUAUUAGUCCACUAGGGGCUCAGCCAGUGUGGAAAGAGCAGGCUAGGAGUAGCUCAAUCCUCAUGGUGAGGUUAGAAAGCCCCUUAACUGUGCCAGCAUGCUGCUAUGCUAGUUUUAGCCCAGGAGCAUGGGGAGAGAGGCAAGUUCCCUAAAGUUAUUGACCAUGAUUCUGAGCAGUAACAUUGAAGGUAAUACCAUACAUUACAUCAAUAAACAUUUUGGCGAUAAACAGUGUAUUUUUUAACCAUAAACACUAAAGGGACUUCCAGGAAUCAUCCAAUGUAAUCAUCUGCUUUUCGUGAGGCUUUGUCUAAGCAACUAUUCUAAUCUGUACUGUAGUGAAUAAUUUCUGUGGAAAGCAUAGUUUAAAACAAUCCUUGGAAAACCACCCCAUUAGCUAGUAAUUGGUGAUUGGGUCCCAGAGAAGGGUUGUAUAUAAUGAACAGUCUCAAUUUGUUGCAAGAAUCGCAAUCUCUGUAUUAGUUUAUAUGGUAUUGCUUAGAGAAGUAACCACUCACACUGUCACAAAUUUCACUUGAAGACUAUAUUAGAAAUCUCUUAUACCACAGACAAGAUGUAAACUACACUUUUCACACAGAAUAAUCUAAAUAUGUCUUUGCAGCAAUAGCUCAAGGCAGUGAUCUAACCUGUUGCCAUUUUGCCAAGCUAGUACCAUGGAUUAUCCAAGUGGCACCAUUGUUCCAUGUGCGUGUGAAGCCUCCCAUAGUAAGCCUCUCCAUUCUAGGCGCAGACUUGAGAAUCUGUCAGAAGCACUAUAUUUCUAUUGUACGGCAGUCCACGUGUCCUCUACUGGAGCCAUGUGACAACGUGGUGUCCUUGGGGUUUCACCUGAGGGAUUUAUGGUUUUCUCAUCUACAAUAAAUGAUGACAAGCAUCCUGCAUUUUCAUGCAUCAGAUGAAAAGGAUCUGCAAUGGAUGCUCCCUUCGAAGUAGAAUGAUGUUGAAUUGGGAAGAAUGGAGUAAAUCUAAAAGACAUACUUUUACCUGUCACUUUUUGGCCACAGUUCCCAUCUUCAUGCUCGUUCAAGCAGCAAAUCUGAAGAAGGCACUUGAUAAGUAACUUUCCAAAGCAAAGGUUCACAUUGGCAUCAGUAUCAUUCUGGGGGGAGCAUAUCAUUGUUUACACAUAAAUCCAUUACCUAAAAAAGCAGACUCCUCCAGUGUGUACUCCAGACGUAGUGCACACGGCCUGCCGGGUGAGCGCUAACAGAUCACAUUAGCCAGCGUACAAAUACGAAGACUCCUACCCCUGCUGCAGGAAUGCGCUCGCCUGAGUCUCUGGGCCCUGGUUUGUGGUGUAGAGAAAGGGAAAAAGAAAACACUACAGAUAAGCCAACCAUCUCCCAACUGCCUCUGUGUUCACCUUUUCUCUUAUAUUUAGAAUUACUUUAGGGUUUCCCUUUCAGGACCUGAUUCUCUAGGGAGUCCGGUGAGCUGGGCUGUAUUAUGACCCAGAGACAGGCAGUGAUGACGGAGACUUGAGAAUACAUUUGUGCAUUCAGCUCUUCCAGUGUUACAGCGCAUAGUCUCACCCAAGAUCCUCCUGCCCCCUGAUGGCGGGUGCCGGUGCCAGGAACAGUGUUUCCUGAGAAAGCGCAGGCAGGAGGGAAGCAAGACAGAACGAUCACCUUAUAAAUAAAAGUACAUCCACAGGUGCAGUCAGGCUUUCAGUGUGACAAAUUCCUACCAAGAGUGCGAACAAUAAAGGAAAAUUAAAAUGGUCCACAGAGAAGGCAAAACCACAGAGGAUUUGAAAAACCAUCAGACUCUUGGGCUUUGUCCCAAGUCAUACUGUGAUGGAUUGACAGUGUAUGUUUGAAGCUGCGAUAAGGAGCGCCCUUGAGAUCAUGGGUAUCAUUGCAUGUAUUAAUCGAGGGCCCCUUGGGCUCCUGACUUGUUAUGGACAGGGGUUGUGCAGUAUUAGCACAGAAAGGAAGACGUCGAUCCAUAGUCAUCUGUCUUGCCUUGUGAGCACUGCUUAGUCCAUUUCAGACCCCCUGUCACUCUGUACUGUCACCGGAACCAUCUCAAACUCAGCUCUGUCCAUAGCCGUUCUCUCUCGGCCUCUGGAACUGACAUGGUCGCAGAGAGUUGCUGAUGGCUGCUUCCAGCAGGGAGGAAGACCCACCAUGCCAGGCCUGAGAAACUGCCCUUCUGAAGGGACCCCAACCCUCACUGGGUCUGCUGAGACAUUGCUCACAUCUGCAACAUCCUUUCUUUUCUAUCAAAUACCACCUGACGCUGAACACUUCCUGUCACUUCACCGAAUGUUCCUUUGAUGUUGUUUAUUUGGACUCUGAAUAGACUUUGGGGACAAUAAUACCUAGAAACUCACUCACACCCAAGACUCCGCCCACAUAUUGUACUCUGGAAAUCUAUUAUUACUGACCAUCACGAUAAAGAAAAAGAGCAUGUUGUUUCAGAGGCUUCUGAAAGCAUCCUUUAUUAGAUAUAGUCUGGGCAGCAUUAUACUUGAGGAAUCGAAUUAUUGAAUUUUAAUAUGUUCUAGUCUGAGGGACUAGUUAUGGGCAGCUCUGGACAAGAAUAUACCUACUUCACAAUCAGCUGGGCUAGCAUACACACAGACUGUGUUAACAUGAUGAGACACACUUGAUUCUUAUGUGGGCAUUUUGACCUAACUGUGGACUCAUUUUCAGGACCCUCGUGGUGGUGCAUAAAGAGCAGACACUGACGUCAUAGGUAGGCGGACUCACACCUGUCACAGGCUACGAGAUAGUGUGCAAAAUUCCUUCCUCACACUUGAUGCAACAAUUGGAAUCUUUCUGUUUCCUACCCAUGUCCCGCCUUCUCUGUCUUUCUUUCCUUUCAAAAGGAAAUAGUCAUUUAUACAUGUUUGACAUGGAAGAAUCAUGACAAAUCUCAUGUUGUCAAAUAGUUUUAUCAAGUAAUUAGUAUUGGUGUGUAUGUGUGUGUGUGUGUUGAAUGUAGACAUUACAUGGUUUUUGAGGAAGGGCUAGGGUAGAAUCGUGUCUUUGUUUUAGUAUGAUGUGACCAAAUUAUGGCUCCCGUCAAGUAUCCCAUUGUUAUUCAAUUCGUAUUAAGAAAUAAUCUGGUUCAGUGGUUCUGUUGAUAAACCUAGCAAUAUCUGGCUGUCUUGAUAAUAAUUACCUAGGAAGCUUUUAAAAAUAGAUGUUACAGGGCUUUACAAUCAGCAGUUUGGGUUCAGUUGGUCUCAGACGGGGCCUGGGAAUCUAUAUUAGGGCACCGCCAUUGGUAAUGAUGCAUGGCCAGACUGGAGAACCGCUGAAGAUGCUCAAAGAACCCCAGUCACUGAAGUAGUGAUGUCUUCUCUCAUCGGUAUUUAUUUUGAGAAGGCAAGUACCAGGUUUUGUGUCAUUGUUUCUUUCUUAAGUUUUAAUUUUAACUUUGGCUUCAAUGAUAGUCUGCUUUUUGCGCAUGAAUCAUCAAACUUAUUCAAGACAAGUCAGCACUGAUAAGCCUGAGGGAUGAAUAUUGCUCACUAUAGGGCUAUUAGGCAUACUAGAUGCAGUACCAUUUUCUUAGUUACUGCCAGAGCUGUGCAGUAUAUCACAAUAUUUGCUGAUCCUCACCACCGAGGUACGAACUAUGAACUGUAGACACAGAAGUAAGUGUAGUAUCAAUGUCUCACUUAGGAAAGCUUUGAAUUUCACGUCAUGAAAAGUCACAAAACCAAUACCUAGUCUCACAGUGUACUUUUCACAUGGAAUUGUGCAUGCUUCUAAAAAUGAUUUCCUAGCAAUACCUUCUGACAACCUUUCAAGCAAUAAUGUGAGCCAUGGUGAUGAUGCCUCAUGAUACUUGCACUUCUGUACAUGUGGCCAGACCUCCGGGGAAAUCAAGACAUACUUCACAAAAGCAAUAAUAUAGCUGGUGUGCACUCUGACAGAGAGCCAGCAUCCUACUAUAGCAAAAUAAGCAGCGAGUGAUGGCUCAGAUAACAAGCCAGUGAUCAAAUGGCAUGCCUUCGUCAUUUGCUCAGAAGUCAUUCGUUUGCAAACAUGUUAUAAAGUAACUAUCAUGCCACCAUCAGACUGCUUCCUUGUAUAACUUUCAAAUGCUUAUCAUAAUAUUCCUAUUUCUCUCAAGGUAGUUGUGUAUGUAUAUAUAGGUUAUAUAUAUAUAUAUAUAUAAAAUGUUGCCCCUGUCUUCGGGUCUUUGUAGUAUGUGAUUGUAAGGAGUAAGUAAAGGAUGGAUAAAUGAAUAAAUGAGUCACAGAUCGGAAGUGUUGAUUGAGAAAGUCAGCUUCACAAAGGUGUAGGUAGGUCUUGGGGCAAGUGAACUAGUUGCAUUGUUGGUGAAAGUUGUAUACGGUCUCCGAAGGUGAAAGGCUGAGCAUCGAAGGAGCUCAGUUCCCCUGUAGGCUGUAAGGGCUGUGCCAAUACUUAUUAAGUAUAAUAGUGCUUGCCUUCUGUAUAUGAUUGGCUGAAGGUAAUCUGUUAAUAAAUGCAUGGAAACGGUCAUGAAGUCCUCUAUUUUAAAAGCCUGCCCUUCUCAGUAAUUUUUGAUGAUAGUGCUAAAACUGGCAGAUUGAAAAUGCAAAUUUCAUAUUGUUAGUCUUACUGACACUUUUUCAAUCAUAUGUGACAAGUCCAUAAUAAUUAGUCCCUUAAUAGUAAAAUUGCCUUUCGAAUAUUUAGAAAUGUUUGUGUUAGAGCGGCAGCUGAUAAGCUCGUGUUACCUUGAUCUAUGUCUAUGUAUCAGAUUAUGAUUUAGCAAAAUCACAUAGACCUAGUAUAAUUCAUAAGCCUCUAAAUAAGAUUACUACAUAGCUAGGUAACCUCCCCCAUGAAUCUGAUCAUGAUUGGAAUUGUGAAUGAACUUGCUAGUGUUUUAUUUUCCCAGUUUUAUUUGCAUAGCAAGACCUGAAGUGAACAUUCUCUUGACCGUACUUUGGAAAAUUAUAGCAGAAAAGAGUCAACAAUUCAUUGAUAGAAGUUUUUGGCAAUUGCCUUUUUGUGUAGUAUUGGCUUCAUAGCCACUAUUUAGCGUGCUUUUGAAUGUUGACUAAGAAGGAACGUGCAUAAUUUAACUCAGCCUCGUAGCACCGACUUUAUCCUCCCCAUUAACCGUGUCACUGUUCAUCAGAUUGUUCUUCAUCUGAGGCUUAAGUAUAGUCUCUUACUAUCAGAAUCAAAGACGAGCAAAGGAACAAAAUAGAAAGCUCAAGAGCUCAAUUCUGAUUCUUUGGACACAUUUUAAAAAUUAACAGCAUUAGGUUAUAUUCAAUCUUCUUCUAUAGCCUCUUUUACUCUUCAGAAAUAAAGAAGGGAAUCUACUAAAUACAUUGUCCUGUGUUCUAUUUAAUAUCAGUAGAUGAAAGUAUUCCCUGGGAAGAAAAAUUAGAAAAACAUUUGCACCACCUUGAUCUCUAAAAAUAAUUCUUCUUCUCGUUUGUCUGCCUCGACGUUGCACAUUAGACUGGGGACACAGGGACAGGUGGAUGAGGGUGGGCAGCGGUUUUCAAUGAGGAAGACCAAAGAGAUUUCAUUUUUCUCGAGGAAAGUACAGAGACUCUCAAAAAGGAGGCAGUUUCCAUAGCAGAUGUCUCUGGUUUAAUGAAAGCCAAAGGAUUUAUCCGACUCCCGGCCACUCUGGUGUUUCAAAAGAGAAAAGAGCCUUCACAAGCCCGGUUCGAUUUUCUUAGGGACAGAGUGACAGCGUCCCCACAGCUGCUCGUCUCAGGAAAGGGGGGAUGAGGGGCUCAGGGACCUAUGAAUAGAAACUCUCUGAAGGUGCCAGAUAGAACGAUGAAGGGAAAUGACAGUGUCAGAACACCUGGACAGAGGGACCGGAGACGGCAGAUGCGCUCCCGUGCGUCCCAGCAGUCAGCUCCGAGGAGCCGGGAGAAGAGGCGAGGAGGCGCCAGGGACAGGAAGGCGUUUCUUCUUCCUCCUGUCGACUGCCUGGCUGCACGGAAUACUCCGAGAAAAGAAAACAAUUUGGUUUUGUGCUUCCUGUCCUUUGGUUCUGACAGUAUCGAAAUGAGAUCUUUCUGUGAGUGGAUAAUGAUUAUUCUGAGCAUUCUGCGAUCUCUAACCCUAUCUCAGAGCUCAACUCCAUUCCAAAGCACCCAGGUGCACAACCGUUGGACAAGUGAUUGCUGACCGGAAGGUUGGCCGUUAACCCCCCGCUGCAGUUCAGGAGGACAACGUGACUGCCUAGCAAACAGGGAGGAAGGUCUUUUAGUCACAGUUCAGUGGUUAGCACCCAAUACCAACAAAAACGUACCUGGCCCCUAUUCUUCUCAAGUUAGGCAUUAGCUGCUGGCAACUUGCAAGGAGAAGCCAGGCCUUUGCAAUGCACCACGGCAGCUCCAGGCCAUAACCAGCAGCAGCACGGGUGGUGUUCUGUAGAAACGACGAGCAUGCUCUCUCCUUCUGAAUCUACAAGUAGAGAGGUAGUGUCUUGUCGUUCGAAGAUGGUUUUCACUGAGACAUCACUGACAUAUUCAAGACGUUUGUUCAGAACAGAAAUUGCUCCAGAGAGGUGUGUGGGAAUAAACUUGAGUAAUUUCCAUCUUUCUUUCUUUCUUAAUCAGAAUGACUAGUUAGAAAAAUAAUAGAGUACAAAGAUUGGUAGUCUUGGGAGAGUCAAAUACUAUAUUGCAACCAAAUCCUAACUUGGAUUUGGGAUGCUCCAAUACAUUACUUUUAUCAACUAUGUGCUUUGUCUAAAAAGUCUACUUUAUUUUCUGACUAAAAAAUUCUUCUAAAAAACCCCCCAAAACAGAAAAAAAAACCCAAACUAAAAAACCUCC